AUGAUCAAGUAUCUUCAUGCCAAUGGACUGCCAUUCCAUGAAUCUACUAUCUCUGAGGCUGCUGGGAGCGACCAUCUGGACGUCAUCCAAUACCUCCUCGAGAACAAGUCGGAUACUUACAUCACUGGGAGUGCGAUGGACUAUGCCGCGACUAAUGGCCAUCUUAACAUCGUGCUCUAUCUUCAUGAACAACGAACUGAAGGCUGUUCAAGUUGGGCGAUGAAGGGUGCCGCGGAGAAUGGCCACCUGGAUGUAGUCAGAUUCCUUCACGAGAAUCGCACCGAGGACCUCGAUCACUCAACAGCCUUUGAGAGUGCAGCAGUCAAGGGGCAACUGUCCGUGAUCCAAUACCUACAUCACAUCGACCCGAAAAUUGUUUGUAGGUACAACGCGCUGAUACAACCAGCCAUUGAAGGCCAAACACAGAUAGUCCAGUUCAUUUGUGAGAGAUAUCCAAGUCUUAGAAUCACUACUUUUGACCUGAUGAGCGUGAGAUCGCAUCAGGUCCUGGAGGUACUUGAUCGAUUGAUGUCAAGUCAGAUAUGGGAGGUGGACAGAAUAUACAAUCGAUUCCAAGAAUUACAUGUGAUCGAGUAUAUCAUUGAUCACAAGACCCCAGAGUACAUUGCCAGAUGUUUGAAUGACAGAGUGCUUGGCAAAUCCAUGUUACUCGAUCAAUCAAAGCUAUUCUUCAAGUUGAUCAAACAUAUUGUCAAUCCAUCAACAUUUACUGCAGUCUUGCUAGGAUGCACCAAUUUGAUACCAUAUUGCAAACACAAUGACAUCUUGGAGUAUAUCUACCAAUCAUGCACACAAGAUGGAAUCGGAGUACCAUUCCUGUGUCCUGAAGUUGACGACCGCGAUGCAAAAUAUCUGGUCUUGGCUGGAUUGGAGUUCAUUCAUCACAAAGGUGGCCUGCAAUCACUUGCGACCAUCCUGCACGGCAUCUUGAUGGGCGCCAUCAGGUUUGGUCGCAUCGACAUUGUGAAGUUCAUCCUGGACUCGGUUGGGUACCGACCCUCUAAGCAUCACUUGUCGGUUGACUUGUUUGAUCGUGCCAUUUCGCACGGUCAAGUGGACAUCCUCCAGUUCCUGCUGGACAGUAUUGGUGUUGAUGGCCAAUUGCCAGAGUCUAGGACAUUCUACGCAGAUUGCGUUGAUCAAGCCAUUAUCAAUGGCCAUCUGGAGAUGGUGCGAUUCAUCUCUUGCGAAAGAUUCAAGGACCUUAUUUGCAUGACUACUCAGGGCUCAUUCAAUAAUUAUCUCAAACGAGUGUUGAUUGGGAAUGCCUCUCCAGACACACCUCGAUUCGUGGAUGAGGCAGGUGGCGUAUACCCAAUUCCAAUAUAUCAAAGAAAAUUGGUUGACAAAGGAGAGUAUGACAUCGUACGAUACUUAUUCUUCAAUCAAAACGAUCAUGAAAAGGAAGUGCUAGUUAGAGAGCUUAUGAAGGCAGGUAGCAGAGGAUUAUCGCCACUAUUUGUUGAUCUGCCAAUGGCUGAGAUUGUCCUUCGUCACAAGGAUGGUGCACCAUUCAUCAAUAGACAAUCUGUGGACUUGGAUAAGCUUAGGAUCUUUCCACUCUCACUCGUACUUCUCACAAAGUACCUAAUUUAA